CCGUUGUAAUUCCAUGGGGGAUUAGUCAUCCCUUUAUUCAAUCCCCUUAUGAGGGAUAACCCUCUUGUCUUGGGAUUGGACAUUUUGUGCCAAACAAUGGACAAGGAGUGAAGGGGGAACAUGUAGAGCCCACAUGUUUUUAAAGAAAAAUCUUAAUCCCUUUUUUUUUUAUCGGCAACAACAGAAAAUUUUAUUAAAAUGGAGAAAAAAAGAGAUACAAAAGGAGGACAUGAAGUCCUCUAAAGUGAAAGUAAAAAUUCUACAAAUUGCAUACGGACUUCCAAUUGCUAGAAAUUAAAAAAAAGAAAAGAAAAAAAAAGAAAGUGGAAUUCCCCUAAAUGGGGGAGCAACUGAAGCAAAAAAAGAUGCAAAAAAUCUGAUUUUCUCCCACAUCGAAGAUACGUCAGUAAAUUUAUCCUCGAAGAUCCUCGCAUUCCUUUCCAACCAUAUAACCUAGAAAAGAGCAAAAACUGCACAAAGCCCCAACACCUUUGCUUUUUCGUUUAGGGUGUUGCUUUUUUGUUUAGGCCUAAGAAUAAAAAACCAAUAGAGAGUAUUGAACUACAUGAUUCAGGGGCCACCCAAGCAAGACCUGCCCAAGCAAAAAACAAAAAACUGCUGCGAUAAACUUCUUGCCACUAAGCAGUGCAAGAAAAGAUAAUUCAGACUCUCCCCCUCUCCCUUACACAUAAUGCACCAAUGAGGAGAAAGAUAACAAUUAGGCCUCUUUUUCUUUUGAAGGACCUCAUUGGUCAAAAUGCCUCCAUGACCCAAAGACCAUAUAAAAAUCUUAAUCCCUCCCUCCUAUCCAGUUAUCGAACAUACUUAUUUGUACAAAGCUGUUAGCAAGAAUGGAACCUUCUAUGUAGACUAUUAUAGGAUACAAUCUAUAGAUGCUGUAAGCAGGAAGAUAUCUGAAUCAGUGGAAGCCUUUGGUUUAUCACUUUUUAAGGUGGUUAUAAAGCAACCACAAUUUAUAAGGCCAGGGAUCCUCUGCCUUCAAAAUCCCUGUUUCCCUGUCCCUAUUAACUCCCAGCCACGCGUGUUGGGAAUCUCGAAACAUGGAAUUUUUGAGGCACAAUUGUGUGACUAUAAGUGCAUUAGGGACAAAGGAUCCCAUGCCAUUUUACAGGCUAUGAAUGGCUGAUGGCUUUUGUUGCCAAAAGCAAAUGCCUGGGAAACAUGGCAUCGGUUGCUCAAAUGUGAUUGCAGAGAGAUUUAAUGCUGCCAGGGAGAGUCAAGAAUGAACCUCCACAUUGGUCAAUUUGAAUGAGCUUUGUAAGCUGAGAAAUUUUGAGGGGUUUUGAAAUCAUGGCUACUGAAUCUUUGAAAAUUUGCGUGUUUCCCGUAGUAAAUACAACAUGUGGGGGAGAGUGAGAUGACUUUCAUCAAGUCUCUGGUAUUUGUCAAGCAUUCUGAAUUUAAUUCUUAGCUACAAAUUGUUCAUUUUGUUGGCUAUGCACCCUUGAUAAGUUUCUGGGAUGGCAUUUGGUGAAGUUCUAUUAUCUUGUGGAUGUAUGUAGCAUCACACUGGACAAGCUAGUUCAGUCUAGUAAUUACUUAGAUUCUGAAUAGAAUUCUACUGUCACUGGGGUCAAUUCAAUGUUACAAUGGGGUUAAUUCAUCCACCUUAGCAAAAUCACUAAAAUGUCGAAGGUUCUAGAAUACUGUGAGACUAUUCUUUGUUACAUGAUCUCUUUACAGAGGUUGAGCUUGUAAGAUAAUGUACAGUUAAUGCUUUUGUUAUGCUUAACCUUUUCCACCAAAUGAGUCUGCCAAAUAAUAUGCACACGGAUUCACCAUUGAUGAGCCGCCACAAGGUUCGAAGCAGUUAUCACCAUUUGGUCAUUGCAAUAUUAAGGAUUAACUUCUAUAGUUUCUAAGUUAAGUAGAGGCCCAUAAUUUGAAUGUUUAGACUUGGGACAAGUUAAAAGCAGUAUUGUAUAGACCCUUAACAGACAUUACUGUUCUGAGGCUGAUGCUUUGGAUUCACAUUCUGGAUGACUUUGUUUUGUUGUUAAUUUAUGGGCUCGUGCUUCUUGUAAAUUCCCAGAAUGAAGAGUAGCAUGGAUUUAUAUUUGAGUCCAGUAGAAGCAGCAUCAGGAUGCUGGAGUGCAGUUGCAAGAAAUCAGGAUCUUGUCAACUUCACUACUAGUAAAUGGAGCUGAAUACCAUCAAAGAUGCAUUUGAUCGAGUUGCGAAGAAGCAAAAGUUGUCUACUUCUAAAUCACAGGAAGUCAUAGACCAAGUUGGCCAUGAACUUGACCAGGCAUUGACAAACAUCCAGUCCAUUCAGGACCCCACCUCUCCUGCUGAUCAGAAAUCCAUACUCAUGGAACUUAAAGCUAAGCUGAAUGCAAUUGGCCCACACAAUCAGUUAGAGGGAUCACAGAAGGAGCUAAACAUAAACUUAAGCAAGUACCCAAAAAUCCUAGAAAAAACUUUCAAUCCCGACAUAUCCAAAGCAUACAGAAAUGUUGACUUUGAUCCCCACAUAGUGAAUCAUAUCAUUGCAAGCCAUUUUUACCGAGUAGGUCUGUUCGACGUUGCGGACACCUUAAUAAAUGAGGCUGGUGAACCAGAAGUCAUUUCCCUCAAAUCUCAUUUUAUGGAGUUGCACCAAAUACUGGAAGCUGUGAGUGUUAGAAACCUCGAGCCCGCUCUGUACUGGGUCUCUACCAACCGUGAAAGCCUCAAGCAUAUUGGUUCAAACCUCGAGCUAAAACUCCGCCGGCUACAAUUUGUGGAGAUUUUGCAGAACAGUACCCAAGCCGAUGCACUGAAUUACGCUAGGACUUACCUGGCUGUGGCAUGGCAUGGCCUACACAUGGAUGAGAUCCAGAAGCUCAUGGGUUGUCUCUUGUGGGCAGGAAAGCUUGACAGAUCGCCUUAUUCUGAGUUGUUGUCUCCUACCCAUUGGGAAACAUUGGCUGAAGAGCUGGCCCGGCAGUUCUGUAGUUUUUUGGGGCAGUCCUAUGAGAGCCCGUUGAGUGUGGCAGUGUCUGCUGGGGUUGAAGGAUUGCCGACUCUGCUAAAGCUGGCAAAUGUAAUGUCUGCGAAGAAGCAGGAGUGGCAGGCUAUGAAACAGUUGCCAGUGCCAGUGGAUUUGGGUAAGGAAUUUCAGUUCCAUUCAAUAUUUGUCUGUCCAGUUAGUAGGGAACAAGGCAGCGAAGAGAAUCCGCCUAUGCUAUUACCAUGCGGGCAUGUUCUCUGCAAGCAAUCUAUCAUGAAACUGUCCAAAAGCAGCACACGCACGUUUAAGUGUCCGUACUGUCCUCUUGAAGCCUCGGUUGCACAAUGCAAGCAGCUUUAUUUCUGAUGUUCACCACUGAAUCUCUGUCUCUUGUCUCUCUGAAUGCAGGUUUAUCUGGGCAGGUUUUGCAGGUGGUGGUCAUGGUAAUCUGGGGUGUAGUGUUAUUUGUGGGUGAUGUGAAUAGAUUAUUCUUUCUAAAUUUAUGUUUCCCAACUAUAAUCAAACUCAUUUCAUUAGAUCAUUAACUUACCCUAUGUUUUUUCCAUGACAACCACAUCCAUGUAUACCGACUCUUAUUAGUUUGGUUUGGUUUCUUAAUGAGUUGGGAAGCUACCCCACAAAGCAGUUCUUGCUUGAUAUUUGUCUUA